AUGAGUAAGCUUUAUAUUGAUGUUGAUGCUGGUUCGGAUGAAGCCGUUGGAAGCAUUGAACAACCAUUGGCUACCCUUGUUCAGGUAACUUUUAGGGAACUUCGUUUAUUUUUUAAUUUUUGAAUCUAUUUUCAGGCUAUGUUGAUUUCCAAAAACUCUGGUGAAUUUUUGAUCAAGAAACAAUCAGAAGAAGGUGUUGAAAGUUGGGAACCAGCAGCAAAAGCAGCCAUCAAAAAGGCUCUUAAAAAGUAUGAAGCUGAAGUUAAGAAGUUGGAAAAAGCUGACGAAAGAUCGAAAGCAGCUGAAGAAUCUCAACAAUUAGCUCUUGAAGAAGCCAGAAAAAUCACAUUUGAGCAAGAUUUAUCACUUCCAACUGCUAGAAUUAUCAAAAUUGGCGAAUCUAAAGAACAUAGAAAUGAAAGAGUUACUAUCAAAGCUUGGGUUCAUCGAUUGAGAAGACAAGGAAAAUCUUUGAUGUUUUUAGUUUUGAGAGAUGGUUAUGGAUUUAUUCAAUGCGUUUUGAAUGACACAUUAGUGAGUUAAAUAAUCUCGAAACUUUUUAAUUUUGACAUUUCAUUGAAAUGGAAAAUGUGUAAAUGAAUAUAAAAUUGUUCAUUUAAGUGUCAAUCAUAUGAUGCAGUGACUCUUUCAACCGAAACUUCUGUUCAAGUUUAUGGUGUUAUCAAUGAGCUUCCGGAUGGAAAAUCAGCUCCAGAUGGCCACGAAUUAACAGUUGAUUAUUGGGAGAUCAUUGCAAAAGCCCCAGCCGGUGGAAUUGACAAUGUUUUGAACGAAAAAGCUGGAGUUGAUAUUAUGCUUGAUAACCGACAUUUGGUUAUUCGAGGUGAAAAUGCAUCGAGAAUUUUGAGAAUUCGUGCUGCCGCAACUCGUGCAAUGAGAGAACACUUUUUCGCAGCCGGAUAUACUGAAGUCGCUCCACCAACUUUGGUACAAACACAAGUUGAAGGUGGUUCAACUUUAUUCAGUUUGGAUUAUUAUGGAGAACCAGCAUAUUUGACACAAUCAUCGCAAUUAUAUUUGGAAACUUGUAACGCUGCUUUAGGAGAUGUUUAUUGUAUUGCACAAUCAUACAGGUAUUUAUUAUCAAAAUUUGUAUUUAGAGAAAACGAAUUAUUAUUUAUUGUAGAGCUGAAAAAUCUCGAACUCGCCGUCAUUUGUCCGAAUACCAACACGUUGAAGCUGAAUGUGCUUUCAUUACUUUCGAACAAUUGAUGGAUCGUAUUGAAAAUCUUGUUUGUGACACUGUUGAUCGUAUUUUGGCUGAUCCAGUUACUAAAUCUUUGGUUGAAUUUGUCAACCCUGUAAGUUUAUUUAAAUACAAAUUUUAUUUUUGAAAAUUUAAAACUCAAUGCAUUUUAAGGGAUAUCAAGCUCCAAAAAGACCAUUCCGUCGUAUGGCUUAUAAAGAAGCAAUCGAAUGGUUGCAACAAAACGAUGUGAGAAACGAACAUGGAGAGAAAUUCGUAUUUGGUGAAGAUAUUGCUGAAGCUGCUGAACGAAAAAUGACUGACACAAUUGGUGUGGUAUGUUUUUUAAGUAAAACGAUUUCGAGGAUAUUUUUAAAUUUUGUUCAAAAAGUAUUUUUUAUAGCCAAUUUUGCUCAACCGUUUCCCUGCUGGAAUCAAAUCAUUCUAUAUGUCAAGAUGUAAAGAUGAUGUUGAAUUGACAGAAUCAGUCGAUCUUUUAAUGCCAGGUUUGUCAUUUUUUGUUUUUGGAACUUCCAAAGAUUAAACAUUUAUUUUCAGGUGUCGGAGAAAUUGUUGGUGGUUCAAUGCGUAUUUGGCAAGAAGAGCAAAUGCUCUCAGCUUUUGCCAAAGCUGGAAUUGAUCCGAAAAACUAUUUCUGGUACAUGGAUCAAAGAAAAUACGGUUCAGUUCCACAUGGAGGAUACGGUCUUGGUUUAGAAAGAUUUAUUUGCUGGUUGACCAAUACAAACCAUAUUCGUGAUGUUUGUUUGUAUCCAAGAUUUGUUGGAAGAUGUGCUCCAUAA